CAAGAUUUUAUAGUAGCAGAGAGAGAAAAAACUGAAGAGAUCUGAAGAGGGGUCUGACUAGUUUCUUCUCUCAAAAAAUCUCUCUUUUGAACGGCCCUCCCUAAUUUUUGUCAAAAAGGGUAUAAUAGAGGGAGGAGUAACAGUCUUUUCUCUAAAUCUCUGCAUUUAGUUUUUGCUGUACUCAGAUCAGGGACUUCUCGGUUUGUAUUUCAUUGAAAUAUGGGUGUAGAGGUGGAAGCUAAGUUAGUUCAUGUUCCAGUUGAAGCUGGAACUGAACAGAUCAAUCUUCUGAAAGAAAAUGGAAAGCCGAAUCAUGUUUCAGGGAUUACGGAGCCAAUAAAAUUCGGCUCUCAUGGGACUGAAGAACCUAAGGAGGAAAUAAGUAGAAUUCCUGUGAGCAAUGUUCCAAAGGAUGCGGUUGAGGAUUGGCCUGAACCUAAGCAGGUCCAUUCGUUCUAUACUGUUAAAUUUCGGAGAUUUGACGACCCUAAACUGAAAGCCAGAAUUGAACUGGCUGAAAAAGAGCUACAGAAAAAGAACCAAGCUAGAUCUCAGAUCAUUGAAAAAUUGAAGGCCAAAAGGGCUGAAAAAUCAAUUUUCAUUGAACAAAGGAAAGCCCUCAGUGCUGAGAAUAAGGAAUUUCGGAGUGCUAUUGAUGGUAAGAUAAAGGAAAUGGCACCUCUGCAUGAGGCUUUGGGCCAGCUCCGCGGUUCUAGGAAUGCAGGCCGAGAGAGGGGUCCUACAGUGUGUUCAUCUGAGGAGGAGCUCAAUCAUCUUAUCAAGGGUCUGCAAUACCGCAUUCAGCAUGAAAGCAUUCCUCUGAACGAAGAGAAGCAAAUUCUUCGGGAAAUCAAACAACUUGAAGGAACAAGGGAAGAUGUUAAAAAGGUUGCUGCUGCAAGAGCACAGAUUCAUGAGACGAUGGGUGAAAAAGAAUCAAUCCAGAGUCAGGUCAAACUUAUGAAUGUUGGCUUGGAUGGAGUUCGUAAGGGACAACAGGAAGUCAAGGGCAGGCUUAAGAUAAUAGAUGAUCAGAUUGAUGCCAUAAACAAACAGAUCGGUAUAUUGGAUGAGGAAUUGAAGGACGUUGUGGAGAAGAGGGACAAGACUUAUGAACAUAUUCUGGAAUUGAGAAAACAGCGUGAAGAAGGGAAUUCUUCUUUCUAUCAAAACUCCAACGUGUUGCACAAAGUGAAACAACUUGCUGACCAAAAGGAUGUUGGAGCCCUUAAAGAGCUUUCAGUUACAGAGGUCGACAAGUUCAUUUCUCUUUGGUGUGGUAGUAAGUCUUUUAGAGAUGACUAUGAGAGGAGACUCUUGCAGUCGCUUGAUAUUAGGCAGCUGAGCAGGGACGGCAGGAUGAGGAAUCCUGAUGAAAAGCCACUGGUGUUACCAGAAGCACCUACUGUCUCCCGUGCUGAAGUUCCAGCAAGAGCUAAUGCAAAACCCGUUAAGGAAGAUCAUGCACCCGUUGAUGCUGCUCCGAUUCAGAAAGAACAGCAAGAGGUUAGCGGCAAGCAGCUGAAUGAUGCUCGUGGUAAAAACUCAAAAAGCACAGAGAAAAAAGCUGUUGUUGAUGAUGAUGAGGAAAUCUAUGGUUUGGACCUACACAAGGAUUCUAAGCCCAAGAAAAUCGAAAUUGAUGAGGCAACACUGAAGGAGAUGAAGAAAGAGGAGGAGAUGGCAAAAAAUAAACAGGCUAUGGAGAGGAAGCGUAAGUUGGCCGAGAAAGCAGCUGCAAAAGCUGCAAAGAAAGCUCAGCUAGAAGCUGAAAAGAAGCUCAAGGAACGUGAGAAGAAAGCAAAGAAGAAGAGCGGAGCUUCUGCUGCUGGUCAGGAACCAAUCGAGGAACCAACUGAAACACCCGAGGAAAUUGCUGAGGAAGAAAAUGCAGAGGAGACUGUUGAAACAGCCGUUGCACCCAAGGUCAAGGCACGGAAAGAGAACACCAUCAGGCACAGAGCAACACGUGCAAGAGGCUCCGAGCUUCCCAAAGCUAUACUAAAGCGCAAGAAAGCAACAAACUACUGGCUAUGGGCAGCUGCUCCUGCUGCACUCGCGAUUCUGGUACUUCUAGUCAUCGGAUACAUGUAUCUUCAAAAGUAGAAAGAGGCAGGUGGGGAGAGACAAAACAAAAAACAAAAACUUUGUUUUUAGUGUUUUAAUUUUUUGUUUACAAAUACUGCAAUAGCAAGUACUGUUUAGUUUGAUCAUAACAAUAUUUCUUUUUCUUGCAUCCUAUAUAGUUUAGGAUGGAAAACUCAUAAAUGUUUUGCUGGUAGAUGUGCGGCCUAUCUUGAGAUUACUUACUGGAGAGACAGUCUACAUGUU